ACCAGAAACCCCCAAGAAAUCUCUUUUAUGCUUUUGCCUUCCGGUAUCACUCUCAUACAAGCAUAUCUAUAUAUAUAUAUCUACAUAAUGAUUCCACAAUGCUAGAAGGAAACAAAUUCAUCAUGCAAACCAAUAACCAGACUGCCAUUUUAGAAAUAACUGUUCUCUCAGCUCAAAAUCUCAUGGGGAUAGCGUCGUUGGCCUUUUCCCGCCGUCUCCGGCCCUUCAUUACCCUAACCGCUGACUGUCGUGCUGCAGGUAGCAGCAGUAAACAUGUCAAAAUGUACAAAACGAGGGUGGAUGAUAAAGGAGGUGUGAAUCCCACAUGGGGCGACAAGUUCCAAUUAUCUCUUGAUCACAAUUUUUUCUACCAAAGAUGUUCAGGAAUUUACCUACAACUUUACACGAAACAUCUCCUAAUGGGUCAGACUCAACUGGGGUGGUGUCUGAUUCCGGCAGCUGAUAUAGUGAACCGGUUUUCCAUAGUGGGUCCUACUCAGUUUUUGAGUUACCGUUUAAGGGCCAAGGAUGGUUCAAGAGGGCAUGGAAUUGUUAACGUUGCAGUAAGAUUACAAGGUUCUCUUGGAAUUGUACAUCCUCCAAGGUCAUUGAUUUCCAAUGCUCCACACCUGCCAGAAGUGCAUGAGAACGACCAGUUAGUGAUUGGAAUUCCAGUAAAAAGUUCCAACUUGUGUUCCCAACGACACUAAGAAAACAGUCCAGAUGGGCACAUUUUGCCAGAAGAGUGGCUAAGGAAAAGCUAUCUCGAUUUUUCAAUGUAUGCAAACAAAUUUUAUGGCUCCUGAAUUUAUUUUUGAUGAGUUCGGAAAGAUUGUACAGCAAGAGAUGAUACAAAGUACAAACAUCCUUAAACCCAUUAAUCAUGUAGAGUUACAUGUAACUGUAUGUGAUACAAUGUUCAUAUAGCAUGCCUCUGGUUGCUCUGUGAUCAGAGGGAAAAGAAUUGUGUGAUUUAGGAAGCAUUGAAAUUUGUAUGUAGUGCCAUUGCUACCAUGCAAUUUGAGGACGAAGAUAGUUUCCUGUUGUUUCUGAUUGAACAUAUAAAAUUAUUGUAAUUUUUUAUUGCAGUAUAUUCUCCUGGUAGAAAAUUAGUUGACGUGAUAUCAAAUCAAGGAACAAUCGCACACAAUUGUUGCUUUUCAAUCACCAACUUUAAAAUCAGAUGGGACCUGAUUUAUGACAAUCUAGAAUACUGAAGUCAACAAAGAGUUCGUUCUUAUCAUAUCAAAACAAACUAAGAACCAAGUUUGACAGCCUUCAACUUAAAGAAUAAAGAAUUUCUAAAGCACCAAAGCUUAACAUUAACUGCUGUCAUAUCCGCAAUACCACAUCCAGCAGAAAUGGAAGCUAUUUCUCUGCGUUUACACCUACUAUGGUUGCAGACUCAGAAGAUGAAAUUAUCAUCAAUAUUCUCCAAAAGUUCAACUGAGUAACAAGGAGUGUAUCAACAGAUCAAACACUUCAAUUUCCCACCACACAAUGUCUCAAGUGAAUCAACAGACAAGGUAGAAUUUGCAGUUCAUGACAUUUUCAGACAAGUUGGUUGUGACUCCAACCAAAAAUUAUUAUUCCCUAGUCCCUACUUCUAUAUUCUCAUCUUAUGUGUGGGUGCCAGAAAAGAGUGUAAUUUGUGAGUUUCUCUUCUUUUCACAUUUUUCGACUCUAGUUUGAACAUGUACUUCCUUCAAAAUACAAAAAGACAUCGUUAUGAUGGCAUGACACAUAACAUCAAGGUACAAUAUUUUGAGGAUAAAAGUUGCAUUACAAAAACAUGUAGAAUGUUGGGCAUCCUGAACUCAAGCAACAUACUCAUCCAAUCAACAACCAUAACCACGACAUGUGAGCAGCUCCUGGUAUUGUAUGCUUAUA